AUGAUAGCAUCAAAUUCAACUAGACCGUCGGGUGCGAGUUCGAGUGUCAAAUUCAAACACUUUGAUCAAAUGUACAACUGCCACUUUGUGGGGAAUGCUGAUCAAAAGGACCUUUCUUUGAGCGAAAGCAGUUACCAGUCAGAUCUUGAGAGUACUGUGGCCACUUUGUGGUCGUUGGGAGAUACCUAUACAAAAGAGAAUAAGAUGAAAUGUCUCUAUCAAUCAUCCAGUGAUUAUUGGAAGUACUGCUUUUGUCUCGAUGGCAAUAUUACGCAAUUUAGAGGGUUCAAAAAACUCUUUGGAGUAUCCACUGAUACAUCUUUGAUAGACCCAGAAAAACCCUUCUUCACCUUGGGAAGUUUCGAGAACGCAAAUAAAAAGGAUUAUACUAAUUUCAAUUUAGUGUCGAACUAUGAUGGUCCAAUCUAUCUUGAGCAAACUAUUGGCGGAGGAGAUAUUUGUGACAAGACAGGCAAACAAAGGCUUUCUACCAUUCGAUAUCGCUGCGAUGAGACUUACCCAGGAGCAAAAUUACUAUCGGUGAGAGAAAUCAAAACCUGCCGCUACGAGGUUCAAGUUUAUCUUCCUGAAAUCUGUAGUUCUCCUUUGUUCAAGAGUCGACCUUCGAAACAAGAGCAGGUGCUUUGUGAAGCCGAGUAUACUGCUGCAUCUUCAAAUCCAGAAAUUUUGGACAUCAAGUCUGUCAACCUUAUUCCUCUUGGAUAUAGCGUUUAUCUGGGAUUAGACGAAACGAAUCCGGAGCGACCUAAUGUUUUAAUUACAAACAAACGAGUUCCUAAUAUCAAUAGCUCCGAGAUUAUACAUGAGUUGCUUGGCGAUGCAGCAAAGGCGUUUGCAAAUCUAAUUUCAAAGUCCUUGAUAUUUCAUCCUGACCAAACCGAGCCAGGACGAUAUGUAUCUGGCAGAGACUCUUUUACUUAUACCACGUCAAUAUUUGGCGUAGGGGGAGUACAUCUAUUCGAUAUGAUGAUACUACAGGAUGAAAGUGGCAAGAUUGUCGCUCAGUUAAUUUCUGAUGGCACACCACCCAAAAACUUCAUUGAAUUCAACGGUGUUGAAGUAUAA